AUGGGGAAUGAGAGAUUUGGAAAAACUCACACACCUCGGAUGAACAGCCCCAUUAAGCAGCAACUGGAUAAAGAUUUUUGGAUCAGAAGCAAAAUCAUGAUGACCGGAUUUCGGCUGAACUUGUCGCCGUUGAAGGAGCCGCUGGGCUUCGUCAAGCUGGUGGAGUGGCUCACGGCCAUAUUUGCUUUUGGAAGCUGUGGUGGAUUCUCAGGGAGGAACAUCAUAUCCCUCUUCUGUGGUGAUGGCAGAAACGAAACUCUCAACGCCAACUUUCACUACCCAUUUAGGUUAAGCCAGUUCCCACUCAUUGAGGGAAACGCCACUAUUUGUAAUAACUCCGUCACAGCAACAUACAUGGUGGGAGACUCUGCCUCUUCGUCUGAGUUCUUCGUGGGCAUCGCCAUCAUCUGCUUCCUGUAUAGCAUGAUAGCUCUGUUGGUUUACUUGGGCUACAUGCACGUCUACAAGGACUCUGACUUUGGACCCAUUUUUGACUUUCUGAUCACAGCGGCCCUGGUGUUCCUGUGGCUGGUGUGUUCAUCUGCCUGGGCAAAGGGCCUGCAGAAUGUGAAGGACGCCACAGACACUGACGGCCUCAGCGCCACACUGGGAUUUUGCAAGGGGAACAACAUCACCUGUGAGGUCACAGAGUUUGCCAACCUGCGGACGCUCAACAUCUCAGUGGUGUUUGGCUACCUCAACAUGUUUGUGUGGGCAGGCAAUGCCUGGUUUGUGUACAAGGAGACCCGUUGGCACUCUCAGAAAUUCUCUACCCAGUCUGGACCUGCAAGGCAACAGGUCCCUGCGCCCAUCUAAUACACACUGCAACACGCAGACACACACAGACACAGAGGUCACACACAGAGGAGACAGACACAAACAGACUCGCAAACAGCCACCGUUAGAGCACAGGUACACACACAUGCACACAUGCACACACACACACACACACACACACACACACACACACACACACACACACACACACAAAAUGCUCUGUGAAGACAAUAAGAUGAAGGAGAAUUUGGUGGAUCAUCAAUAUAAAAGCUAUUGUUUUGGAUUUCAGUGCGGUAGCAACAGUUUUACUAGUCAUAGGAGAGUUAAAUUGGCAUUUUAGAGCCCAAAAUGUCUUUAUCGUAUCAUUCCCUGCACAUUCAUGGUACACUUAUAUUGUUCAGAACAGUUCUAAAAGACAUGUAAAUUUCCCCAAAAAUAUUCUCUAGAGGGCUAAAGCAACCUUGCAGUGGUGGCAGCACAAGGAAAAUAGGCACCACAUCUAAUGUUUCAUCAGCUUUUAUGUUUUAUUUGUACCUGCUCCGUAUAUACUAUAGCAACACCAAUGCAAUAAGUAUGUCAAAGCCUUUAUUUGUGCCUUCUUACAGCAACACCAAGGUGGUUUCUUAAGCUUUAGUAAGCAGAUAGAAGUGCAGACAAUGACCAAAUGUGCUCACAACUUGAGCCAUAUAGCAGUGUUAUGGCUUGCACGUCUAGCAGUUCUCUCACUUCCCUGGUUCCCUUUUUAGUAUACUGGUUGAAUUUGUUCUGUUUAAUUGUAUGCUGAUGAAUGUAAGGUACUUUAUUGAUUUUUUUGUUUUUUUUUGUUAGUAAGGAUAUAAAUUUGAUUAAGAUGUUCAGGGCGA